GCCUUGAACUAUGACGUGUCAUCCCCUCGGCCAGCCCAUCGCUCGGCAACCAAAACCAUCGACGAAACAGUCAGGUCAUCGCAGCACUCAUGGCUUCCAUGGUGCGGCUGGACAGUUCUGCAGCUAUACAAGAACUCGCGGUCACCGCUGGCCAGGAGUGCGGAUACUGGUAUGCGUGCCACCACGAUCCGAGGCAGCACAGCGAUAGCGGCCUCUACAGCUGCUCCAGGACGGAAGGGCAAAUGGACUUCGCUAAGGCAUUCUGCAGGGAACAUGUUGACUUCUACCAGAAAUGGCGCGUCACAUGUCGGCUAGAGGUGCGUGGGCCUCUCCAGCUGCGACAUGGAAGUGCCCAUUUCCCACACCCCGAAACCACCAUACUUCCAUUACGAGGCAUAGCCAACAAUGAAGUUGCACCACAAGUGCAAUUCGAGAUGGGUGGAGAGAUUUACGUACUUGACUGGGCUGCAGGAUCGGGAACAUGGUUUCCUCGCCCUAUUAAGCUAUCCGUUCUCGCAGGUUGCCUUUCGUUCCUCGUCAUCGAGCUCGUGCCUCUUUGGCGGUAGUUCAUGCAAUGAAGCCUAGAUCAUGCCAUUGAAUGGAGGCGGGUCCAUCGCGCAUAUAAAUGCUCCAAUCACCAGGCUGAGUCACUAUUUGUUCUUCUUCGGUGGGCUCUUCUUCGGUGCGCUCAUAAUUCCGCCUCAUCCGCUCAUAUUCGAAAGU